GCGCGGCGCCCGUCUCCGCCUCAGCCCCGGCCGGAAAAGGAAGUGCACGUCGCAGCCCUAGACUUUUGCCGCUUGCGCGCACGGCCCCGCCCCUGCGAGCGGGGGAAGCUCCCCUCAGCUGGCAGCUCGCCCGCGUCGUCUUCCCCUUCCGUCCUAAUGUCCUCGUCUGGCGAAAACGUAGGGAAAAAAAACCUUUUCCACCCGCAUUCUCCGCUUGAAGUCGCCUCAUGAGACGUCGGGAUUAUGUUCUUGGGCGAAGAUUCGGCGGCAAGCGUCUCUCUUUGGCGGAGGGAUUCCUCGGAGGGGAUGGAAAGUAGUUCUGGCGCGCAGUCCGAGCGAGGGGAAGCGACUGCGCAUGCGUGCGACGCUGGGCUAGCUAGCCAUCCCUGAGGCGGCGUGGAUCCGAUGGCUUCUCGGCGGCGGCAGGAAGAGAUCCUCCGCUUCCAUAGCUUCCUCCUGCAAGUAUAUGAUGAAGGAAAGCAGAAUAACAGCACAGGACCUUUUGCUUUUGAGACUGAUCUGCGAGUCCAUUUGAUCGAUGAAGGCAAUACAAAUCCCUUAGAGAAACUCUGGGACCGAAGUGGGGUUUUUUUUGUUGUAGAGAAGAUGAGACCAUAUGAGGAAACCAGCAGAUUGGAAGAAUGGCAGAAUGGUGAACCUUCAGUUUCUGAGGCUUUCCCGAAAGAGAAUUUAUCAGCAUCUCCUGUAACCCUUUCAAGAGCAAGGCAGCUGAUUUCUUUCUAUACAAUGUCUCAAAAUCCAAACAUGAAACAUUUACAAAUAAACAACGCAGCACAGCUUCCUCCGCUUUGGGUACGAUGCGAUCCCUCUGAUCCAAAACAAACUAUUUGGCUUGGAGCUGAACCUUUGAGAAAUGGAAAUAAUCUUAUGGGGAUCAGGCUUCAUACGGUUACCUGCAAUGGUUCCCUGUCAAAUAAUAAUAAUUCUAUAGGCUUGGAAGAACUGAAAGAAAGUCACAGAAUGAGACAUCAUGCUUCAGAGUUGAUAAUAACAGGCUUUGCCCGCUAUGAAUUUCUUGAAGCCGCUUCACUGGACCCCUUGUCUCAGGAGGAUUCCUUUAUUCCAUUGGAGAGAAAUAUAUAUGCAGAUUUUGCUUGGGAUGGUGUAAAAAUGCUGCUGCAGACACCUCCACUCUCAUCUGUUGCUCUGCUGACACUUCAAAUGGCAUCUGGAAGCCCCCUGAGUUCUGUAUAUGAGCCAAACAGAGAACUGCAAUUCCUUCUUAGUUUGGCCGAAAUCUUGAAGAAUGGACUAACUGAGUGGCCGAAGGCACUGGGAAGAAAGUCUGCUGUUGAACUAGUACAGAAACUUUUGAAAGAUUUAAAGGAUGAAGUAGAUGGACUGAAGACUGAAGAUGAUUCUGAGGAUAACACUGCUGCAGUCAUUGGUUCAAUGAAAACGCUUUUUAGUCAGCGUGGAGACCUUGAUUUCCUUGAACUGCUGUGGUGUGAUAUAUGGAGAAACGUUGCUUCAUAUGAGGAACUGGUGAAGUGUUUUUCAUUGGUAAUGAGAGCCCUUCAGCAUGGAGAAUUGCAGACAUGGAUUCAUCAAGAAAGUAACAGCUUACUGAGCAAAUUGAUAAAGCAAUCUUAUCACGGAAAGAUGGAGACAGUUUCUCUCGAUGGAGAUUCUCCCAUUCAAAUGCUUCUAGAAAUAGGCGUGGAUAAAAUGAAGAGAGAUUAUAUCAGCUAUUUUGUGGGCAAAGAGUUUGCAAUACGCACUCAUUUGGACUAUUUCAUGUCUACUUCAGUAGAUCUGCAGGAACAGGUUCAUCGUAUUCAGAAACUACACCAUAUGUUGGAAAUUGUGGACAACUGCGUAGAUCUUCUUAAACUGGAACAUGAGAACCUCAUCUUUUUGACACAGUCCUGUAUCAACUACUAUAAAGAAAAUCCCCUGAAUGAAAAGCAUGCAUUUCAGCUACCAGUCAGGACAAGUUUGGUGAAGGAAUUUUAUCAAAACGCUCAUCCCCAAAUAUGGAGAGUGGAAAUCAGCAGUGGACAAGGACCCAAAAAGGUGAAAACGAUAUGGCAGUUUAGUGCCACCCCUCCAGCUGAACACAUGCUUCCAACCAGUGGGGAUUCACUGGAUGAUACUGAAACCUGCGGCAACAAAGAGGAGAAGCAUUUUAUCACUCUUUCAGAGUGCUCUCAGGUGGACUUCAUCUAAAUAUAUGCAACUUUGAUUUUUUAUUGACCCAGAAAGAAUUUCGUUGUGGUGCUUACUGCGUGUCUUGAAAUGCUUUGCCUGAGGACAUGUUUAAGGCAACAGUGCAUUUUCGCGUAGGGCAGAAUCUUGGGGAUCACCUAUUGCUUUUCUCUAAAUGUGACGUAGCACCUAUAGCAGACUUCUCCAAUCCUGUGCCGUCCAGGAGUGCUUGACUACGAUGUGUGUAAUUUCCAGCGAACAAAUAUUUUGUUCAUGUUGGUGUGGGCUGUAAGAGGUCAUAGUUCUCUGGAGGACACAAAGUGGGGGAAACCAUCAGAAUUGUUUUUAUCCAUAGUAUGUUCAGUCAAGACUGGGGAAGCCAUGGAGCACCUGUAGGAAAGUAGGAAUAGGUUAAGAGAUGAUGAUCAACUGGCAGUAAAAAUGAAAUAAUCUGUGGGCAUACCUGAGUUCCAGAAAUCUCAGUACUUGUUUUUGUAACCCUGUUAAAAAAUGUGUUGGUUUUUGAAAUAACCUGAAAUCAACUGACUCCUAAUCCAGUAUCUUUGAAAGAUCUUUCUUCCUAACAAAUGCUCCAGGAGAAGGUGGCCUUCCUGCCAAAUUAUUCAGUUCAGAAUUCAGACUGAUGGAGUUCUACAAAUUUGUGGAACUUCGCAAUUUAGAAAUCAGUUCGGAAGCCUGUCACAGAGUUGGAAUACAGACAUCUUUAUCCAUUCUCUUGAGAAAGGAAAAUUGAAAUACAUCAUCCCAACAGUUAUGAUGCCAUCAAAGCAACUUACCUUAUUGUUGGUUGAAGAAUUUGGUUGAUGAAGGUUGCAACUCUGGCCAUGUGUAUCUUUUUAGAUAUUGUUUUUAAAUAUUUCAGAAAAGUCAUUUAUAGAGAGCCUUUGUUGACCUUGAGAACAGUUCGGACUGGUCAAGACAAGAUAGGGAUCUACUCAAGAAAGGUUGCUGCAUGUGGUCAUGCAAAGUCCUAAUUCAGAAAAGAGCUUAUAACUUCUUUCUCUGAUUCUGUCACUGAGGACUGCCCCCCACCCCGCCAUGUAUGUUGUUGAAUUCCAUAAACCAGGGUUCCUCAACCUUGGCCACUUUACGACUUCAGCUCCCAGAAUUCAGCAAGGCUG